GCGGAGCGGGCACGGUGCGGCCGGCAUGGUGCCCCCGCUGCUGCCCCUGCUGCUGCUGCUGCUGCUGCCGCCGCCCGGAGCGGCGGGGGGCCGCUGCCCGCACCGCUGCGCCUGCAGCCAGGCCGCCCUGCGCUGCCCCCCGCCGCCGCCCGGGGCGCGCCCCGCGCCCGCCCGCGCAUCGUUUACUCAUCUUCCUGUAAAAGUAAUCCCAUCACAUGCGUUUGAAGGACUUAGAGAUGCCUUCAUCAUCGAAAUCUCUCAGAGCGACUCCCUAGAGAGAAUAGAAGCAAGCGCAUUUGACAGCCUUCCUGCUUUGUCUGAAAUAUUAAUUCUGAACACGAAAAAUCUGCUGCACAUCGAGGACGGAGCAUUCAGAAACCUUCCAAGGCUAAAAUACUUGAGCAUUUGUAACACUGGAAUAAGAGAAUUUCCAGAUCUGACACAGAUCUUCUCAUCAGAAGCUCAUUUUAUCUUGGAGCUCUGUGAUAACUUGCGUAUGACAACCAUACCGCAAAAUGCUUUCCAGGGGAUGAACAAUGAAUCACUGACACUCAAACUGUAUAAAAAUGGAUUUGAAGAUAUCCACAGCCAUGCCUUCAAUGGGACCAAGCUGAAUCAACUAAUUCUGAAGGACAACAGAAACCUCAAACGGAUACACAAUGAUGCCCUGAGAGGGGCCACGGGGCCAGAUGUCCUGGAUAUAUCUUCAACGGCACUGGAGUCCCUGCCUAGUUACGGGCUCGAGGCCAUUCAGGUCCUAAAUGCAACAUCAUCAUACUCACUGAAGAGACUGCCAACUCUGGAUAAGUUCAGCAGUCUUCUGGAAGCUGUUCUAACGUAUCCCAGCCACUGCUGUGCUUUUCGAAACCUGAGGACAGAAAAACAAAAUUCCUUGCUUUCCAUUUUUGAAAACUUCUCCAAACAGUGUGAAAGCACAAUGAGGAAACCAACUAGGGAAAUAUUCUACAGAGAUGACUCUUACAACACAUCGCUGUGGCCAGCAGAAAAGAACAUGUACGCGCUUGCAGCAGAUGAAGAAACUUUUCCUUACAGCUACUCAGACAUGUUUGAUGACAGUGAAAUGACCGGCUUUGAGUUCGAGUAUGACUUUUGUCAGCCUAAGAUACUGACAUGCACUCCAGAACCAGACGCGUUUAAUCCCUGUGAAGACAUCCUGGGGUACAGCUUCCUCAGGGUUCUCAUCUGGUUCAUAAACAUCCUCGCCAUUGCUGGCAAUUUCACUGUGCUCCUCGUCCUCAUAACCAGCCAUUACAAGCUCACAGUUCCCCGCUUCCUCAUGUGCAACCUCUCCUUUGCUGACUUUUGCAUGGGACUCUACUUGCUGCUCAUCGCUUCGGUCGAUGCCCAGACGAGCGGCCAGUACUACAACCACGCCAUAGACUGGCAAACCGGCAGUGGCUGCAGUACUGCUGGCUUCUUCACCGUCUUUGCGAGCGAGCUGUCCGUGUACACGCUGACGGUGAUCACCAUCGAGAGAUGGCACACAAUCACCUAUGCCAUGCAGCUGGACCGCAAGCUGCGGCUGCGGCACGCUGUGCCGAUCAUGCUUGGUGGCUGGGUAUUCUCCAUCCUGAUUGCGGUGCUGCCACUGCUGGGGGUCAGCAGCUACAUGAAGGUCAGCAUUUGUUUGCCCAUGGAUAUCGAAACGGGUCUUUCCCAAGCCUACAUACUGCUCAUCUUGGUGCUCAAUGUUGUAGCCUUCAUUGUCAUUUGUGCUUGUUACAUCAAGAUAUACAUAGCUGUCCAGAACCCGGAGCUGGUAGCUGCCAAUAAAGAUACCAAAGUUGCCAAGAGAAUGGCCAUACUCAUCUUCACGGAUUUCACCUGCAUGGCCCCUAUUUCCUUCUUUGCCAUCUCCGCUGCCUUUAAGGUGCCUCUCAUCACAGUGACAAACUCCAAGAUCUUGUUGGUUUUAUUUUACCCGGUCAACUCCUGCGCAAACCCGUUUCUGUACGCCAUUUUCACCAAAGCGUUUCAAAGGGAUUUCUUUCUGCUGAUGAGCAAGCUUGGCUGCUGUAAGAGCCGAGCGGAGCUUUACCGGAUGAACUAUUUCUCUGCUUAUGCCUCCAACUGCAAAAAUGGCAGCUCAGCCCCAGGCCCCAGCAAGGCCUCACAAGCACUGCUGUUUCUGUCAGCACUAGAAAAGCCGUACAAGACACGGCGCCCUACAAAAAAAAGUCAACUGGAGCGCCAGUAGAUGCAGCACCUCACAGUGCUGGCUGUAAUUAUUUCAGUGACCAGGGAUUAUCUUACGGUAUCUUAAACAUCUCACAAUAAAUAAAAACACAAGUCAAUAAUUCUUAUGCAACAACGCUGUUCUGAGGUUCAAAGCGGUAUCUUCCCUUUUCUUCUGCUGUAAUGAUAGGUAUGGAAGGUGAUUAUUAGGUGAAACACUGCUUCAGGGGAACUGGGGGAGUCCAGUAGUCAAGGUGCUCUUGAAGUUAAUGUGUACUGCAGUGACUGCAGUCUGCCUCCUUUCUUUCCAAAUCUGCUUCCCUGUGGUAUUUAAAGCCUGUCUGCUACCUUUUGUGCCUUCUUUUUCUACUCCUAUUAGCUAUGCUGGCAUUGUUGGGUUAAAGAAAGGGCACUAGACUAGACGCCUCCCUUCAUUUCAUCAACAGAAACUUCCAAUUACACAGCCACAUACACCCAGUUAAAGAACAGCGUUCAUCAAGCAGCGUUGUAAAGAUGUCACCAAGGAGGAGUUGACCUGCUGAACCUCUGUUACUAGCAAUUUCACAGAUUACAUUAGAUCUCAGUUAGAGCUUGUAAGUCAUUUACUUUAAAAUAAAAUAAAAAAUAACCCAUAUGCAGCCAUGCAUGAUCUGGAAAUUGAAAGCGAUGCAAUAGCUGCAGAACACCAAGUACUGUAUUUUGUAUAUCAUACAUACACACAUAUGAAUCACAUAAACUGUGAAGGCCCCCUCUCAGCAGCAGGAUAGCUGCUGCCUGCACAGGCAAAUAGCUGCUGCUUGUUUUCCCUCCAGGGGCAAUCUCAUGGAUUAUUUACAUCUGCCCUCCCUUCGGUGUCACUGGCGCCAGUGGCAUUCAGGAUGCUCUGGGGACUCCUCAGCACUCACAUUCCAACUCCAUUCCCAGCUGAUAAAGCAUAGUAGUUACUUUCAGUGACUGUUUUUCCAUUGAAAUGUUUUUUCAUUUUCCACCACGCAUUGUCUGAUGCUAAGGAGAUCCAGAUUUGUGGCUGCAUUCCUAAUUCAAAUAAGAAUUGAGCAUUCCUUUGUUACUGCAGCAUUACAAAGGGGCUCAGUUAUGGGCUCCGCAAGGAAAGCUCACAGUUCUGUGGACAGAAAGAGAUGCAAUAGCUGCAGUGGCUGCAGCUCAAGCCUCUUCUUGGGUUACUUAUUCUUGACAGAUUGGAUUCACUUUCUCUAAUAGGAGGUGUGGAUUACAGUGUCAUCAAACCAAUCUGGUAGCUUGAGACCUACAUAUGGCAGUUUGUUUCACAGAAGGUAAAGUAAAUGUGUUUUAUCUGGGCUUGUAAUCAAAGUUUUAGUGUCUUAGAUCACAUUCUGUAGAUGAUACCCACAAUACCUGAAGGCAGAUCCCCAGAUGGUAUAAUAUGCACCUCCCCUGCAGUCAGCAGAAAAAUGCAGCACCAUAACGUCUGCGCUUACACCAGAACAGGCCCAGUUCAACAGCUCUUGAUGGCCACUGAAAGUGUAGACUGUGAUGUGUAAGAAAAUGUGUUUGUUAUGAUCACUUUAAACCCCUUACCUUUUCUUUCAAGUCUGUGACAGCAACAGUAUGAAAAUUUGUGUUCCAAAGCGUACCUCUUGUUGCCACAACACAGCACUGCAAAUUAAAUUUGCUUCACAUCAAUGACAGUGAUUCUUCGUGGUAUUGAAUGGUUUAGCACUAGCUUAUAAUUGCGUUAAUUAGAAAUAACAUCUCUGACCCUCCCUUACCCUCAGCUUAAUGCCAUGAUUUCAGUCAGUACAGCAGGUCUGUGCACAAGCAUAACUGUACUCAUGAGCAGUUGACACACACGGGGAAUAAAGUAAGAUACAGAAGUGAAGGAGUCUGUUACAACUCUGUUUAGCAAUCAGUAGGAAUUCCAUGUGAGAUACCUCUAUAUGUACCAGAUGCUGAGCUUAGCAGAUGAAGAAAUGGGCCUACUGCAGGAUAUUUACCUAAAAAAGGGACUGGAAAAAACACUAGGGGAAAAAAAAACAUAGGACAAGGCAAAACAAUGUCUUGAGUGGGCAUCAGCUGAUUUACUUAAAUUGCAUUUCAACAGGAUGAAAGCUCACUUAUAUACGUCAAAUUUUUCAAUACACAGAAAUGAGCAAGCAACACUUUAAUAAAGAUUUAGAUUCACAUACAAGCUACAUGCUAUUCUAUCUUAUUGUUCUUGGUAAACUUCCCUUCUUUGUAGUGUAAAGUUUUAGACAGCCAUUUACUGAAGUACCGUCAAUGGCCAUAACUGGUAUUACACACUUCAUCCUAUCUGCAGCAAAGAGUUUGCUAAACUGUAAGUAGUGUCAAUCAAAAGCAUUAAUAUGAUAAAUUAUUAAGAUCAAAACCACUCCGACCUGAUUACUCCUCAAGGCAUGGACUAAAGUAAUUAGCCAACUGAGAUUACAUUUUAAUAAUGAACAGUUUUUUCCAGUAUAAAAAUUCCUAACUUCUGGUAUUUUUAGUUAGCUGUAAAUAUUUCAUUCAAAGCUGUAUGUCUUUGCUAAUGUUCAUUCAAGAACACUGGAAACAAAGAGCAAUUCUUACGUGGCUGGAUGAAGGAAAAUGGAAGCACACCCUUGUGCAGCAGUACAAGCAGCCCACACAGACAGGCUAUAUCUCUGCACCAGGAAAACCACUGCAGACACUCCGAAGGAAUAUCUGCAGAGCAGCUUAGCAGGAGCUAGAAAACUGGCAAUGAUACAUAUUUAGUAGCCAUUUUCUCACAUAUGUCAAAGGUUGUGAUAGCAACAGCAAAACCCUACUUUAAUCCAUAAAAUUCAUAUAUUUGAUAACUCAGGAAGACACUAGAUGGACUCCAUAUUAAG